CUCGGUGGGGCUGCAUUUCUGGCAGGCAGUCCGACUGGGAGGGACCGGGCGUCAAAGCCACCCAGGAAAGGAGGCCUGAUCCGCUCAUUGCCAUUCCCAGCCGGUGCCCCUUCCUUCUCCUUCCACCUGCUCCGUGCUGCGGGCGCUCCGACCUCCCCGCCGCGGGUGCCGAGCCCGCUCCCCAUCGCCACCGCAGCCCCGCGCCCCACGGCAGCAUGGCCAGCACCGUCUCAGCCUACAAGGAGAAAAUGAAGGAGCUGUCGCUGCUCUCCCUCAUCUGCUCCUGCUUCCACACCCAGCCGCACCCUAACACCAUCUACCAGUAUGGAGAUAUGGAGGUGAAGCAGCUGGACAAGAGGGCAUCAGGUCAGAGCUUUGAGGUGAUCCUGAAGUCGCCUUCAGAUUUAUCUCCCGAGAGCCCCAUCCUUUCCUCCCCCCCCAAGAAGAAGGACCUGUCCCUGGAGGAGCUGCAGAGGAGGCUGGAGGCUGCAGAGGAGAGGAGGAAGACCCAGGAGGCGCAGGUGCUGAAGCAGCUGGCGGAGAAGCGGGAGCACGAGCGGGAGGUGCUGCACAAGGCGCUGGAGGAGAACAACAACUUCAGCCGCCUGGCCGAGGAGAAGCUCAACUACAAGAUGGAGCUGAGCAGGGAGAUCCGCGAGGCGCACCUGGCCGCCUUGAGGGAGCGGCUCCGCGAGAAGGAACUGCACGCAGCCGAAGUUCGCAGGAACAAGGAACAGCGGGAGGAGAUCUCUGGAUAAAGGGCUUUUCUACACAUCUAGCACCUGAUUCCUGUUAACAAACCAACCAACCAACACAUUUUAUUUUGUUUGUCUAGAUGCAGCGUUUGGUUCUCCAUCCCCCCAUCCCCUGGUGUUCGUCCCCCAGCUACACGCUUCUCUAUCUCUGCAUCCUAAAUCGUUGGGUACUUGUGGGGAUUCACAGAUCAUAGGGACCCCUAAGCAGAAUAGCAACUAGCUCACAUGAAAUAGAGAAUCAGUGGAUCAGUCGAUCAAUCAGCUUCUUUGGAGGGUUUGUCCUUUUUUAAAAAAUAUUUCUUAAACUAAUGUAAAAAUGAAGAUAUUAAUAAAUUCAACCAGCAGUGUCACAGAGAUACGGAUUUCUUAUCCGGGGCUUUUAGUACUCUCGGUGUUUGCUCUGAGCCAAAUCUCAGUUUCAGAAUAAUGGGAAGGAAGUGAUGAUUUCUGUGUGUGUAGUGGAGUAACGAGUAGAGCCGUGUUUGCCAGUGGUAGGAGAGGUGUGGGAGAGGCAGGGGCUGGCUGUGGCAGCGGGGGCGUGCAGCCCCUCGGCUCUUGGCCGUUACCCGAGGCCAGCCCAGGCAGGCAGCGACCCAAAAAUCCUUGUCUUCUGGUGGUUCUUUGGUAGCCCGUGUGGAAACAGCUGGGGGGCUCUCCGAGAGCUCAGCACCACGUCCGCACUGUCCCCAUCCCCAUGGGUGCUGGCUGCUGCCCUGGCAGAAGCCUUGGCUGGGCAGCACAGUAUCGGUGUGGUGAUGGGCUCCAUCGUGGGGAGGGGACGCAGGGUCUGCAGCUGCCCGGUGCUCCCGAGACCUCCCUCCGUAGGAACGCAGCUCCAGCAGGGACAGGGCAGGGUGGUGAGAUGGCCUUUUAGCGAACACGAUAACCACCCUCCCCUCUUCCCAGUGAUGGAUGUGGUUCCUUGGUGCCAUCGCAGGAUGGAUGCUGAGGCCAGGGAGCACCGGGCAGAGCCACAGAGUGUGGCAGGGACGGGACAUGCCACCCUUCUGCGUGGUCCUCCCUGCCCGGCUGCCUCGGGUGAGGCAGAGCUGAGCGGGAGCAGCUCUGCAGGAAGGGGGAAGAGAUGUUCCCAUGCUCGUUUCUUGUCUAUCUUUAGCUUUUCAAGGCCUAUUUUUAAGCCAACUUCGUCCCUCCGUGGAGGUAGAGAUGAGCAGGGAAUAUGCAAGCGUGGCGUUAGCAGCUGACGGUAAUGUCACCUGGCUAGGUGACUGUCACAGCCUUCCUGAGCUGCAAUGUCACCGCUUACAAAGCGCACGGCGGGGGCUGCCACCCGCAGCGCUGCCCACCUUGCGCCCGCUCUGCUUUUGGCUUGAAAAACUGAAAAAGAGGAAAUGUUGCGUCUGACACUGGUGGGGAAUCGCCACCCGAUCGCUGUGGGGCCUCGUAGGAUGCGGUGCUGGGCAGUCAGCCCUCGUGUGAGCACGGUCUCGGGGCAGGAUUUGGCAGAGGAGGUGGAUGGUGGAGGCUGCGUUCGUUUGGGGCAGAGGGCAGUGAGAACUCCCCUCUGAGCAGAGCUUAGAAAUCGCUGUGGUGGCGCGCUUUGGAUAGAGCAGAGCGGCGGUUUUGGGGCACGGCACCGGUGGCAUCCCUCCCCUCCACCCCGGCUGCUGUCUCAGCACAAGGAAAGGGGCGUGCGAGGGCUGGAGACAUUUAAUUCAGGGCCAUGGUACCCUCUGCACGGCGUGUGGCCAACAUGCAGAUGGGAGACGGUUGUGCUGGGUUUUGAGUCCUUGGGGAAGGUGCUGCAGGGAGUGGGCACAGGGGCUGAGGCGAGGAAUGGCAGCGGGUGAGGAUGGCACACCGGGAGCUGCCUCACCUGCCUCUCCCCCCCCUCUUCAAAACUGCGGCUGAGUCUGCUCAGAAGCUGACAUUUUCUGCCCACCCUGUGCUUUACUUGCGCAAAGAAUUUGUUACGGCCUGAAGUAAGCAUCGGGCGGCCACAGAAACCCAACAGAAAGCCAAAGAGCAGCUGCUGGAAAUCAGAUCCCUGGGCUCUUUGCUGAUCCCCCAGAAGUCCCGGCCAGAUUUGGGAGCGACCCCUCUGUGGCCGCAGCACGUUUCGAUGUCCGGGGAAGGCUCUGCUCCUGGAAGGAAGGGCUGCCUCCCACCCAGCCCCUUUUCCCCGGGGUUAUCAGUGAGCCCCAGUCCCGGCCAGUGACAAAACGUGAUUUUGGGCAGAGAGGGAAAAGGAGCGGAAACUGAGGGUUGAAUUUCUUAACCAGUAGCUAACGAUCAGUUUAUAGUAGCAGCUGUCUUAGAUGAGCAUCUGUGUAGAGCGCGGCGUCACCGCCAGCAUCACCUCAUUCAUAUAGUGACAAGAAAUUUUAAAAAGUUUAAAAAAAAAAAAUUUAAAAAGUAAUUUAAACGAAAUGUUUGUGUGUAAGAAAUGGUUGAAACUGUCUAAUGUCUGUGUCCCGCGUUGGCGGGAUCUGAGAAGGUAUCUGCAAGAUAUUAACCCUGUCCUGCUCUCUGUGGUGCUGAGUGUUUGCUUGGUGUGUAAUUCUGACCUGGAGCUUGUUGUAAAUACUGUUUUUAGUACUAUGAUUAUUAUGAUUAUUAUUAUUAUCAGAAAUGUACUCAUGAGCAGGAGUCUAGAAGGAGAGAAAUGACCGUUUUCCCUCUGUCAGCGGGGCGCACAAGCGGCCGGAGGCGGGGAGCAGGGAUAGGGGCAGCCGCCCGCGUGCAGCCCCGGGCUGGGGAGCUGGGGGCAGCGCGUCCUGCGAGCGAGCAGCGGGGCCGGGUGCUGCGGGUACCGGGAGGAGAAGGACAGAGGGAUGGAACGAAGGUGAUGCUUGGGAUGUGUGCUGUGUUUUGGUACGGUUAACAUAGCGUGAGUUCAUGCGCAAGGGUGAGACUUGGGGUACAAAAGCCCCAAGCCCCCGGUGCCAGCCGUGCUGGGUCAGAGCCACCCUCCCCGUGGUGCCUGAGCCUCAGGCUUGGUCCCUGCCCGGGUCUUGCAGCUCAGUCCUUCGUGCCUGCCCUCCUCCACGUAAGGCCAGCCUUGUCCUCGGGUGGAGACUUAUUCUUGCAGUAGGUUUGCCUGGCAGUCAGUCCCACAGAGAGCUCAGAGGAGAAUGACCCAGCAAGGGGGGAGCCCGGCACGUGGUGCCCACGCAGGUGUGAGCCCUGGGAAACCCAUUUUUCUCGCCUUUGUUGGGUUGGUGCCGUGAGGUUCAGUGGAUGUGGCUGGAAGAUGUGUUGCUGUGGGGGGAAACUCACGCCCUGUUGAAGCAGGGAUGUGUUGGGCUGAGCUCUGCGCCGGUGACAUCGGGGGACUGGUGCUGUCACCACUGCGCGAUGUCACGCGGGGUCCCAUGCGCUCGGUGCCACGGAGAUGACUGCGUGAGGGACACGAGGGGACCCGAUCCUCACCCCGCACCACGGGCGCUAUCGGGGGAAUGCACGCAGUGAGCACGGGAUCUUCCUGCUCCUGGGGUGCCUGUGGUUGUGUGCUGCAGCAUCCUUCCUGCCUCAGCUGUGACUAAUUAAGUGUCCUCAUUAACAGCCUCACAGUCCCAUUCUCUGUCAGUCCGGUUGUGAUUUCACCGUCAUUCCCACACCCCGUGGUCGCAGUCCCCAGGGUGACGGUCCAGGUGGCAGGGCUGAGUUCCUCCCUGCUUCCCGUAGCUGCUCCAUAGCCGGGCUCUGCAGAGGCAAACACGAGACUUCGUGCUCGGUGGGAGCCUUUCCUCGAGGCGCCCCGUAGCGCUCCUGAGCUGACGGAGGACCCGUGGCUGUGCGAGGGAGGAAAAUGAGGCGGUGGCAAUGUAUUGGUGUGCAUGCACCUUGCACAGAGCUCUCCUGAAGGGCCUCUGAUUCAAGCAAGGCAGGAAAGCUGAAGCUAAAUUAGUUCCCGGGUGAUCAGUGGGUCUGUGCGAGAGCUGCAACAAAGGGCCUGAAAGCCCCAGUUCCAGCUCUGCUCACAGUUAUCCUUUGUGGCAAAGUGCUCAGCUCAGGGUGCAUACGGGGGCUUUCAAGGAUGCUCGCCACUCAGACUGCUUCUGGGCCGCGCCUUUUCCUUGUCUUAUCCAUUGUGAGCCAUGAACCAACCUUGCUGUAAGCGAAUGCGGGGUUUCUUCCGAGUUAACCUUUUGGGGACAGCGGCAGUUCAUGCAGGCAUCCUGCACUGGGGGCAGCCGGUGUUGCUGCCCCUCUUACCAGGCAAACUUCAGCUUGCUUUAGCUUAGCGCAGCUGGCUCCCCGGCCCUGAGCCUGGCUGGUGUGGCUCGUUUCACCCCGUUGGGCUGGGCGCACCACACCAAAACGCAGGGGUGGAGACCAUAUGUGCACGUACACUCCUCCUACCACUUGAAAUGAGUCAGGGAACGGCUGUUCAUGGUGCUAGAGAUUUCUCACCACCCAUGCUAGGGACGAGACGACGCAGUAAGGCCAGUAACCUCCACCGCCGCAGUCAGCUGUCUCCUGAGUAGAGCAGAAGUGCAAAGUGCUCUGAGAACGGGAAGCACCAAAGCGCGGAGCCGUGUCUCACCCCAGGGAAGGUCGAGGUGGCACAGCACCAUCAGGUGAGCUGUCACCUCCCAGCCAUGCUCCUGUCCCCCGGCGCUGCUGGGGGCUGAGCAUCGCCGCCCGCCACGGCUCUGGUGGGAUGGGGAUGCGGGGUGGCGAAGGGCUCCCCAUCACUAGCAGAGCCCGGUCUGGUUCCCGUGGCUCUACCGCGUGCAUUUCGUUGUCAGCUUGAGGUUGUCGUUGUGCAAAAAGAAGUGAUUAUGAAAAACGAGUAAAAAAAAAAAAAAAAAGAAAAAAACUUGGUAUGAAACCAUGUGUGUCCAUCUCUCCAUAAAUAGAUUGUUUGAGUUCUAAGGCUCCUGUUUGUAUUGUGAGAAUACCAAUAAAAUGCGUUAAAUUGACCUAAAGAUUUAACAAAGCAGAAUUUAAGCCUCUGUAUGUUAAAUAAGUACUUUGCACCCAAUACAAAAGAUGCAGAAACCCAUCGUUUAUCACUAUUCUCAGAG